GCCUGGGAGUGGAAGGAAGGGGAGGUGGGCUUAGUCGGACAGCUGGAUGGGAUGCCAGGGGCAGGCGUGGUGCUGGCUCUGGAGUUGGAUGCCUGAGAUCGGACACCUGUCACUGUGGAGUGUCAGGCCCUACCCAUGAGGUCUUCCCAACGUCUCUGUGACCCCCUGACCUCCCUGUGCCCUGCUCUUCCUCCCACAUUUGGACUCCUCUAGGUCUGUGUCCAGCACCCAGCCUGCUCCCAACCUGCCCCCAGUGGGCCCCGGACAGAUGCCCCUGUACCUUUCCAGGCAGGACACCUACUAUUCUCCCAUUAUUAGACAGGGGUGAGGCAACUUCUUGAGGAAUGGACCAGGACCAGUGGGAACAGGUAGGUCAUGGGACAGAUCAGAGGGGCUACCUGGGGAAUCCAUGGGAACACCUCAGGGCCUGGCCCUCCCUGGUCACCCCAUCUGAGCUCAGGACACCUGUAGGCCCCACCUGACCAGACUGGCAGACCAGGCGGCUCUGGAAGGCUUGGGCUUCCUUUUCCAGCUCCCUCUGCACAAGUUCCCCUUGGGCCUGUGUCAGCCCCCCCAGACCUCCUUCCCCUUCCCCUUGCCAGGGCCCCAGCUCCCUGCUGGAUCUCCUGGGAGGAAUGAGGGCGUUGUCAUGGUGACCAAAUGUAGCUGACCAGCUGAGAAGGGGUGGGCUGUACAUGUGAGGGGGAGGGGUCAGGAGGAACUUGUUUGGGCUUAGGGGUUGGAGUGAGUCCCUAAAUCUGAAGGGAAAUGGGCAAAGGACUCUGAGAAGAGGAUGAAUGAUGGGAAUGACCAAUUCCCUUGUCUCCCCUUCUUAAUUUUUUCUUGAGAACUCUAACUCUGACCCCUCCUUUCUGAACAGCUGAGUCCUGCCCUCUUUCUUCUCCAUCUGCAGGCCCCUGAUUCUCCACAUCCAUCUUUUCUCAGUCCUCCUUCCCUGUCUUCUCCCCUGACAGCGGCCCUGUGGGGUCCGGUGGUUAAGAAUUUGGGCCCUAGAGGCAGGUGGCUGAGUUUGGAACCCAGAUCUGUCACUUAACUGCAGGUAAUGCCUGACCUGCAAGGAUCUUAGCUCUUUGGUCCUCAGUUUCUUUAUCUGUAAAAUGGGGUAUUUUAUUGAACCAAGACAUCAUGGACUGUGAGAGGCCCCAUUAAUUCAUGUACCAGUAAGGAAGGGAAAAAAUGCUGCAAAAUAUAGUUGUGACAUCAUCAAUUGUAGGCAUAGCCUGAAUUUAAAAAUGUUAAAAUGUGAAAAAGCAAAUGUGUCAGACUUCCUGAAAUAUGGCAAUAGUGCCUACCUCACAGGCCAACGUGGUGUUUAAAUGGAAUCCAUGUGCACAGCUCCUUCGGCAUACAGGCAGUGCUCUAUAAAUGCUGGCUCUUACAACUUCUCUAACCUCAGCCCCCCUGCUCUGAUCUUGGGGCUCCUCCAGUUCUCUCCUCCCCGCCUCCCUCCUUCUCACUCCCCUCACCCCAUCUUGCCCACAGAGGUCCUAAUCAAGGUGCAGGUGUAUGUGAGUGGGGAGCUGGUGCCCCUGGCCCGGGCCUCCGUGGACGUGUUUGGGAACCGGACGCUGCUGGCCGCUGGCACCACGGACUCGGAGGGCGUGGCCACACUGCCCCUUAGUUACCGCUUGGGCACCUGGGUGCUGGUCACAGCGGCCCGCCCUGGCUUCCUCACCAACUCUGUGCCCUGGCAUGUUGACAAGCUGCCCCUGUAUGCUUCCGUGAGCCUCUACCUGCUCCCCGAGCGGCCAGCAACCCUCAUCCUCUAUGAGGACCUGGUGCACAUCCUCUUGGGCUCUCCAGGUGCCCGCUCCCAGCCCUGGGUGCAGUUCCAGUGCCAGGCCACCUGCCUGCCGGUCAGCUCCACCUACAGCCAGCUCUGGGCCUCGCUCACACCUGCCAGCACCCAGCAGGAAAUGCGGGCUUUUCCCGCCUUCCUGGGCACUGAGGCCUCCAGCUCAGGCAAUGGCUCCUGGCUGGAACUGAUGCCCCUGGCUGCCGUGAGCGUGCAUCUGCUGACAGGCAACGGGACGGAGGUGCCGCUCUCAGGCCCCAUUCACCUGUCCCUACCCGUACCCUCGGAGCCCCGGGCCCUCGCUGUGGGCACCAGCAUUCCUGCCUGGAGGUUCGACCCAAAGAGUGGGUUGUGGGUACGCAAUGGCACAGGCAUGAUACGGAAGGAAGGCCGGCAGCUCUACUGGACCUUCGUCUCCUCCCAGCUGGGGUACUGGGCAGCUGCCAUGGUCUCCCCCACAGCCGGGCUGAUCACCAUCACAUCGGGCCUCCAGGACAUCAGCACCUACCACACCAUCUUCCUGCUCACCAUCCUGGCGGCUCUGGCCCUGCUGGUGCUCAUUCUGCUGUGUCUGCUCAUCUACUACUGCCGGAGGCGCUGCCUCAAGCCGAGGCAACAGCACCGCAAGCUGCAGCUCUCCGGGCCCUUGGAUGGUAACAAACGAGACCAGGCCACCUCGAUGUCCCAGCUCCAUCUCAUUUGUGGGGGACCCCUGGAGCCCACCCCGUCGGGGGACCCCGAGGCUCCGCCUCCAGGCCCGCUCCACUCGGCCUUCUCCAGCUCCCGAGAGUUGGCCGCCUCCCGGGACGACUUCUUCCGCGUCAAGCCUCGCCCUGUCGGCCGCCCAGUGGCCGAGCCUUCGGGUGCCCGCGGGGGCGAGGGCGCCGGGCUCAAGGGUGCCCGCUCCGUCGAAGGUCCCGGUGGGUUGGAGCCGGGCCUGGAGGAGUACCGGCGGGGUCCCUCGGGGGGCGCGGCCUUCCUCCAUGAGCCACCCUCGCCGCCGCCGCCCUUCGACCACUAUCUGGGUCACAAGGGGGCAGCCGAGAGCAAGACCCCCGACUUCCUGCUGUCACAGUCGGUGGACCAGCUGGCGCGGCCGCCAUCGCUCAGCCAAGCCGGGCAGCUCAUCUUCUGCGGCUCCAUCGACCACCUGAAGGACAGUGUCUACCGCAACGUCAUGCCCACUCUGGUGAUCCCCGCACACUACGUCCGCCUCGGCGGCGAGGCGGGCGCUGCGGGGGCCAGCGACGAGCCUGCCCCGCCCGAGGGCACGGCCUCGGGUCCCGCGCGCCCUUUUCCCCAGCCCGACCCCCAGCGCCCGCUGAUGCAGGGCCACUCCGGCGCGGGGGGCGAGGGCGGCGCGGGGGGCGGCGGCGAGGGCUGGGGGGGCGGGCGCCCGGGGCCGGUCAGCGGCUCCGUCACUAUCCCGGUGCUGUUUAACGAAUCCACCAUGGCGCAGCUCAACGGGGAGCUGCAGGCGCUGACCGAGAAGAAGCUCCUCGAACUGGGCGUGAAGCCUCACCCGCGAGCCUGGUUCGUGUCCCUCGACGGGCGCUCCAACUCACAAGUCCGCCACUCCUACAUUGACCUGCAGGCGGGCGGCGGGGGCCGCAGCACCGACGCCAGCCUGGACUCGGGCGUCGACGUGCACGAGGCGCGGCCUGCGCGCCGCCGGCCCCCGCGGGAGGAGCGGGAACGCGCCCUGACCACCGCCCCGCCGCCGCCACCCGCGCCCCCGCGCCUGGCGCUCAGCGAGGACACGGAGCCCAGCAGCAGCGAGAGCCGCACGGGCCUCUGCUCGCCGGAGGACAACUCGCUGACGCCGCUGCUGGACGAGGUGGCGGCGCCCGAGGGUCGGGCGGCCACGGUGCCCCGGGGCCGGGGCCGCAGCCGCGGGGACAGUUCCCGCAGCAGUGCCAGCGAGCUGCGGCGCGACUCGCUCACCAGCCCGGAAGACGAGCUGGGGGCGGAGGCGGGCGACGAGGCGGGCGACAAGAAGAGCCCAUGGCAGCGGCGGGAGGAGCGGCCGCUCAUGGUGUUCAACGUCAAGUAGUGCCGCCCCCGGGCCUGCCUCCGCCCCUUCUGCCCCUCCCCGCCCCCAGGGUGCGCGCCCCGGGAGGGUGCGGGGGCGCCCGCUCUUAGGUCCCUGCCCGGGCCUGGAAAGGGGCCCAGGGGCCUGCGGAGCUGUCCGCUGGUAUUUGCUGGCUAAUGUCUUGGGAGGCACCCCAUGUUUGCCUCCAGGCAGAGGGAGGUGGGAGGGGUCCAACCCCCGUGGGAGGUGCUGGGCAGGAGGGCUGGAGGGGCGGGGGCGGGGAGUGGUGCCUGUAAAAAUGUGGCUGUACAUAGAAAGCUCUAUUGUGGAAA